AGAGGAGUACACACACAAAGGAGAGGAGGGAAGCGUUUCUAUUUGCAUUUAAAACCGGUGGGUGGAAAUAGGUAGUGAUCGAUCUUCAAAGCAAUGAAAUAUCGAUCGAUCCAUCGCUCCAUCGCCUGCCCCGUGUUGGUAGUUCUCUCCCUUUAUAUCCUUUCUUUCUUCGCAUCUUCUUCGCUCUUCUUUAAUGUGGGAGAGUUUAAGUUCUUCCUGGAAGGAAGAAUUAGCAGCCAUUGGACAGACUUUGGUGCCAUUGGAGCCUAGGGUUCUUGGGCGAUGCCCACUGAUGCCCAGAUAUUCGCUGAUGUCCUCAAAUUGUGUGCCCAAUCGAAGGAUCUCAGCACUGGCAAGCAAAUUCACCAGAGGAUCAUUCACAGCCGCCUCGAUCGCAAUCGCUACCUUUGCAAUCUUCUCAUCGAUAUGUAUGGGAAAUGCGGAAGCAUCCAAGGCGCGAGAUUGGUGUUCCAAGCAAUCGACAGGCCCAAUCCUUUUACCUGGAACAUUGUCAUAGCUGCAAAUGCCGCGAAUGGGCAUUUGGAAGAGGCCCGUAGCCUCUUCGAUCGAAUGCCCAAAAGAAACUCCGUGUCGUGGAACACAAUUAUCUCAGCUUACGCCCAACACGGCAUAGGGCUAUGGAAGGAAAGAUUCCGGUGGUGGAUGCCAUGCGUUGGCGAUCGCGUGGCCGAAUGGUUCCGCAGCGGCAUAGGCUCCAGACUGCUGAUGGUUGUGGGGGCAACGUUCUCUCACUUUGGGCUGGAGCUGGAUCAUCCCCCGGGUGCGUGGUUCUUUGAAGUCCUGCCCGACUCCACCGUCUCUUCCACUGUGUCGGAGCUCAAGUGGAAGAUCUGGACUGUGGCCGUCGCACGCGUCCUUGGCGCUACCGUGCCGGAUGGCUACUUGCACCUCUUCAUCGCGGCCGACUACUUCACGCGCCAUAGCCCACAUCAAGAGCAAUCUAGAAAUCCUCAUCCCCGCCCCGAGUGCUGCACAGGCCGCUGCACGUACGCCCUGACCGACCUCCACCUUGUGAGUGCUUCCAUCGUGUCGAUAUUGUUUCCUUGCACUCUCUCGCCCACUUGCGUUGCUGAUGCCGCUCUCCUGUUCGAUGCGAGCGGCAAGGUUUGUGUCGUCGUCUUCACCUGGCUGUUGCUCCAGCUGCAGAGCAACAAGCAGCCGCUGGAAUGGCUCGACGCAUUCGAAGCACAGGCUAUAGCAGGUGACCGUGGUGGCGGUGGCGGAGCCGGACCCCUGGAAAAUCUCUUGCUGCUGUUCCUGAGCAAACAAGCACCGCCGAAGGAUGAAAAGUUCUCCCCGGCAUCCUUGGACGAGCUCAAACGGAUACGUUCCUGCAUCGAGAACGCGCCCAGGAUAGAGUGGAAGUCCAUGGACAUCACCGUCGCUCUGCGCCAGAUGUUGGAGGAGGUGAUGGCAGCGGGAGAAAUCCAAUGGGACAACCAGAUGCGUGCCCGGCUCGAGCAGUGGAUCCAAGGCCACUACAACUUCCACCGCGUGGAGCCGCUCUUCCAGGAGUACGCAGACGUGAGCGUGCCGAUAGCGCGCCUGAUCUCUACAUGGAUGCACACGAGGAAGGGAUGCCGCGACCACGCCGAGCUCAAAUCCCUGUGCUCGGCAGCGACAUCAUCGGAGUCGAUUGUGGAGCACAUCCAGGCUACGAUGAGCCGGGGAAGCAGCGACGAGUGCCGCCAGCUUUGUGACGCGGCUGCCACCGUCUUUGGCAAUGACUACGGUAGCCUUUUCGUGGAGAUUUGCGCCAACGUGCAGUGGGAUCCAUGCCUGACCGCGUGCUCUCUAGAAGAAUUCGGGGCGAUCAAGCCGGCAGCCUGGGACGGACUCUUCCGGACCGCGAGCUCCGAAAACACGCUUCGAAGGCACCGUUUCGACGAUGGCAGCCGCAACGAGGGCAUAUGGAGACCUCGGAUUUCCGACAUGAUCCUCUACAUAGUUUACGUAAGCAUGAGAAUGAUUCCAUCCAUCGCUUACGAGUUUGCUGCUGCAGCUGAUCCUCGAGGACUGCUUGGGCGCCAGCGCAAGUCACUGCUGUAUACCAGACGUGGGGGGCAGCGCGUGUCCCGCAGUGGGAAAGGGGUUUUUGUUGCGAUUAGCAACUCCACCAGAGGAAUCUGUGAGGCGUUUGCGGCGUGGAUCCAGUCUCCAAGCACGCAGAGGGACUUGGGAGCGAGCUCGGAUGAGAUACGUCAUGGCAUAAGAGAGGCAGUCGUCUCGGCUGGUGGAGUGGAGUAUGACGAGGACAGGCAGCAACUCUGGGCCGGGAUGCAAGAGCUGCUGGGUGUCACUGGCAACAUUUGGAUUUGCAUGCUUGCUCGUGCCUAUGUGCAGCACGAACACCACUUUGGUGCUUUAAAAAAUGCCGCAAAUUAUUCCGCUGAAGAUCUGCCCACAAUUGUCCGCAAGCGUUCAGGCCCAGAGACCAGGCUAAUCUGCUAUUUGCUGAGGCUGUCAAACCGGGACCCAAAAGGAAGCACACCUUUUCUAGUAGGAGAAUACAAGAAGGUCGUGGACGCCAAUAUCAACGUCAAGGUUGCGGUUGCGAAGCUCGGUCAGGUGGAAGAGGUUCCUCUGAAGGUUGGACAAGAGUUGUUUCAACCGUUUAAGGAGCAUCCUCGUUUCUAUGAGCUUCUGGAGAACAUAUUCAGUGGUUCUUGGGCGAUGCCCACUGAUGCCCAGAUAUUCGCUGAUGUCCUCAAAUUGUGUGCCCAAUCGAAGGAUCUCAGCACUGGCAAGCAAAUUCACCAGAGGAUCAUUCACAGCCGCCUCGAUCGCAAUCGCUACCUUUGCAAUCUUCUCAUCGAUAUGUAUGGGAAAUGCGGAAGCAUCCAAGGCGCGAGAUUGGUGUUCCAAGCAAUCGACAGGCCCAAUCCUUUUACCUGGAACAUUGUCAUAGCUGCAAAUGCCGCGAAUGGGCAUUUGGAAGACGCCCGUAGCCUCUUCGAUCGAAUGCCCAAAAGAAACUCCGUGUCGUGGAACACGAUUAUCUCCGCUUACGCCCAGCACGGUAGAUUAGACGAUGCCUGCCAUCUCUUCGCCCAUAUCCCCGAUCAGCAGCGCGACGAGAUAUCCUGGAACGCAAUUGUCCAGGCUUGUGCUCUAAACGGGCGCUUGGAUCGAGCGCAGGAGCUAUUCGAUCGAAUGCCGCAGCACAGCAUGAUCUCCUCCACCGCGCUUGUCGCGGCGUACGCGAGGAGCGGAGAUCUCUCCCGGGCGAGAGCGAUCUUCGAUCAAAUGCCGGAUCGCGAUGCUGUCUCCUGGAUCGCGAUGGGGAGCGCUUACGCCCAGAUCGGCAAUCUCAUCGAGGUCAAGAGCCUGUUCGAUCGAUCACAGACUCUCCAUCGAUCCUCACAGAAUGCGCUCGUCCUGGAAUCCUGGAAUGCCCUUCUCGUGGCAUAUGCCCGGAAUGGGCAUCUGGCAAAUGCCAAGCAAGUGUUCGAUGAGAUUCCCCACAGGGACAUCGUGACGUGGAACUCGAUGCUCCAAUCGUUCGCGGAGGCAGGCCACGUGGAAAGCGCGCGGGAGAUAUUCCUCUCCAUGCCCGAGAGAGACGUGGUUUCUUCCACCGCGGCGAUGGUGGCGGUAGGGCAAGAGAGUGCGCGGGAGAUCUUCGCUGAGAUGCCCCAGAAGAAUCUCAUCAGCUGGAACACGAUCAUGACGAUCCACUCGCGGAGUGGCGAUGCGAUCGGCGCCAGGAGACUGUUCGAUCGCAUGCCCGAGCGCGAUCUCGUGUCGUGGAACACUAUGAUCGCGGCGUAUUGCCAGUCGGGGCGAAUGGAGGACGCGGAAUCGCUGCUAGAAUCGAUGCCCGUCUGGGAUCCAGUGUCGUGGAUCUUGAUGAUAUCCGGCUAUGGCGAAUUUGGCGAUGUGAUCCAGGCCAAGCACGCGUUUGAUUUGAUCCCAGACCGGGACAGCGUCGCUUGGAGCGCGAUUAUCUCUGCGUAUGCUCGAAAUGGGCAUUCCAGAGAGGCGCUGGCGCUGUUUUGCCGGAUGGAUCUGGAGGGCAUCCCGCCCGAGCAAUCCAGCCUUGCCAGCGCCAUCGAUGCUUGUGCGGCCCUCUCAUCGCUCGCGCUGGGCAAGAUCAUUCACUCCAUGGCGAUCGAUGCCGGAUUUGCCUGGGAUGUGAUCGUGGCGAGCGCGCUUGUGGAUCUCUAUGGCAAAUGCGGGCGGUGGGAGACGGCCAUGGCGAUCUUCGAGAAGAUGCCGCGGAAGAACACGGUUUCCUGGAGUGCUGUUCUCGCCGCCAGAGCCAGGAGCGGGGCUGGCGGCACCGCGGCGGCGGUGGAGAUCUUUGGGCGAAUGGCGCUGGAGGGAUUCGGCGCCGAUCCAAUCGCGUUCGUGACCGCGCUCUACGCGUGUAGCCAUGGCGGAUUGCUGGACAAGGGAUUGAGCCUCUUCGCAUCGCUGAGCAGCGAUUUUGGGAUGGAUCCGUGGGGGGCGCACUACGUGUGUGUGAUCGAUCUCCUCGCCCGGUCGGGGCAGCUUGGGAGAUCCGAGGAGCUUAUCGCGAGCAUGCCAUUCGAACCUGGGAUUGUGGCGUGGUCGUCGCUGCUCGGGGCGAGCAAUCUCCAGGCGGAUGUAUGGAGAGGGCGUCGCGCUGCCGAGGAAGUCUCGAAGCGCUCCUCCCAAGAACCCUAAAAACAGAGUGAUGA